UAGACAUUUAAAAAAUCUGCCAUUUUGCUCCGUCUGAGCUAGGUUUAUUUGUUUUGAUAAAAAUCUGUUAUUGAUAGUACUCAACUUUUAGUGUGACAAUUUAGUGUCCGUUUAGUUCGAAUUGAAAUUAAAGAGAGUUAAAUACGUAAGAAUGGCAGCGAGUGACUCCGGGACGGAUGAAUCAUUGUAUCCGAUUGCUGUUCUGAUAGAUGAGCUAAAGAAUGAGGAUGUACAGCUUCGUUUGAACUCUAUAAAGAAAUUGUCGACGAUCGCGUUGGCUCUGGGCGUGGAGAGGACUAAAUCGGAGUUGAUCCCGUUCCUCACUGAGACAAUCUAUGAUGAAGACGAGGUUCUCUUAGCACUCGCUGAACAACUUGGUAACUUCAUAAACUUGGUUGGGGGGGGAGAAUUUGCACACUGUCUCCUUCCUCCACUAGAGACAUUAGCAGCAGUGGAAGAAACAGUAGUCAGAGACAAGGCAGUGGCCUCGCUCCGUGCUGUUGCCGAGCACCAUAGCCCCCAGGCACUCGAGGAACACUUUGUGCCAUUAGUACAGCGUCUUGCCGGAGGAGACUGGUUCACUUCUAGAACAUCUGCCUGUGGACUCUUUAGUGUCUGCUACCCACGCGUUUCGGCCGUAGUGAAGGCGGAACUUCGUCAGCAUUUUUGCUCGCUCUGCCAAGAUGACACUCCGAUGGUGCGACGCGCUGCCGCCUACAAACUUGGGGAGUUCGCUAAAGUCGUAGAAAUCGAAUAUGUCAAAAGCGAUCUCAUUCCCAUCUUUGUGUUUUUGGCAAAGGAUGACCAAGACUCUGUACGUUUGCUAGCCGCAGAGGCAUGUGCUGUUGUGGCUUCUCUGCUGGCACCCGAGGAUAUGGAGCAACAUGUGAUGCCGACCGUGCGGGCUCGUGCCGGAGAUACUUCGUGGAGGGUGCGGUACAUGGUCGCUGAUAAGUUCGUAGAGCUGCAACAAGCUGUUGGUCCAGAGCUAGCUCGUACAGAUCUAGCACAGAUAUUCCAGGCACUGCUCAAGGACUCGGAGGCUGAGGUUAGAGCCGCAGCUGCUGGGAAGGUCAAGGACUUCUGUAUGAACUUGGAUAAGGCUCACCAAGAACACAUAAUCAUGACCAUGAUCUUGCCACAGAUCAAAGACUUGGUGUGUGAUGCUAACCAACACGUCAAGUCUGCCCUAGCCUCCGUCAUCAUGGGCCUGAGCCCCAUAGUUGGUAGACAGAACACUAUUGAACAUCUCCUGCCGCUGUUCCUCACACAACUGAAGGAUGAAUGUCCCGAAGUCCGACUCAACAUAAUCUCCAACCUCGAGUGUGUGAAUGAAGUGAUCGGCAUCCAGCAGCUUGUGCAGUCUCUCCUCCCCGCCAUCGUGGAGCUGGCAGAGGACACCAAGUGGAGGGUCCGUCUGGCCAUCAUCGAGCACAUGCCUCUACUGGCGGGACAGCUGGGCCAGGAGUUCUUCGACGAGAAGCUGACCAGCUUGUGCAUGUCGUGGCUGGUGGACCACGUGUACGCCAUCCGCGAGGCUGCGACCCUCAACCUGAAGAAGCUGGUGGAGCAGUACGGGCCGCAGUGGGCAGAGAACAACGUCAUACCCAAAGUACUGAACAUGUCGCACGAGCAGAACUACUUGCACAGAAUGACGUACUUGUUCUGCAUUAACGUGCUGUCCGAAGUGUGCGGCAAGGACAUCACGACCAGGGUGCUGCUGCCGACCGUGUUGUCUAUGGCCGACGACAAUGUUGCCAACGUGCGGUUCAAUGUUGCCAAGACGCUGCAGAUAAUGGCCAAGUACUUAGACCCGGCCGUCAUCCAGCCCCAAGUCAAGCCGGUCCUGGAGAAGCUGAACGUGGACCCCGAUGUCGACGUCAAGUACUUCGCAUCGGAGGCGAUCGCCGGAAUAGCUGGAUAAAUAUAUUCUUUACAAUUAAGUAUUUCAAUAUGAAAAGCUUGAAUAAUGUAAUAUUAUCUAUUAGUUCCUCUUGUAUCUCAUGCGUGUGUUGUGUUAUGCCAAAUUUAUGGAAAUGUAAUCUGCAAACUAUUUAUGAAUUCAUAUUAAUAAGUCGCUUUAAAAUUCCAAUCCCAGUAUAGUAUCUUAUGUUUAAUAUUAUAAUAAUCAAAAUAGUCUUGGGAAUCUUAAGUUAAAUUAAUUUUAUUUCAUUUU